AACAACAACAACAACACCCACCCCCACACCCAAACGCAGCACCACCACAAUUCCUCCUCCUCUUCCUCCUCCUCCCCCUCAACACCCACAACCAGGCUGCGCAACAUCGCCAACCAGAUGGCCACCCCAGUUCUCACCACCAGCUUCCCAGCUGACACCGUCCCCCAGGCCCCAGAGGAUCCACUCUUUGGUCUGGCAAGGCUGUACAGAGCUGAUGAGAGCCCUGAUAAGAUUGACCUGGGAAUUGGAGCUUACCGAGACGACAAUGCAAAGCCUUGGGUUCUGCCCGUAGUGAAGAAAGCCGACGAGAUUAUCCGCAACGAUCCCAACCUCAACCACGAAUACCUCCCCAUCGCAGGCCUCGCCUCCUUCACCAGCAGGGCCUCUGAGCUCGUCCUGGGCAAGUCCUCUACCGCCCUUGCUGAGAAGCGCGUCGCCUCUGUCCAGACCAUCUCCGGCACCGGCGCCUGUCAUCUCGGUGCCCUUUUCCUCGCCAAGUUCUACAAGGGCAACCGCACCGUCUACGUCUCCAACCCGACCUGGGCCAACCACAACCAGAUCUUUACCAAUGUCGGCCUCCCCAUUGCCCAGUACCCCUACUUCGACAAGAAGACCAAGGGCCUGGACUUUGAGGGUAUGAAGAAGGCCAUCGGCGACGCGCCCGAGGGCAGCAUCAUCCUGCUGCACGCCUGCGCCCACAACCCCACUGGUGUCGACCCCACCGAGUCGCAGUGGCACGAGCUUGCCGAGCUCAUCCGCUCCAAGAAGCACUUCCCCUUCUUUGACACCGCCUACCAGGGCUUCGCCUCGGGCGACCUGGACCGCGACGCCAGCGCCAUCCGCUACUUUGUCGACCAGGGCUUCGAGCUGCUGGUGGCCCAGUCCUUCGCCAAGAACUUUGGCCUCUACGGCGAGCGUGCUGGCUGCUUCCACUUCGUGACCGCCCCCUCAGGCACCUCGGCCCAGGAGACCACCACCCGCGUCGCCUCACAGCUCGCCAUCCUGCAGCGCUCCGAGAUCAGCAACCCGCCCAUCUAUGGCGCCCGCGUCGCCUCUACGGUCCUCAACGAUGAGAAACUGUUCGCCGAGUGGAAGGAGAACCUGCAGACCAUGUCGGGCCGCAUCAUCACCAUGCGCAAGGCCCUGCGGUCCAAACUCGAGGAUCUCGGCACCCCCGGUACCUGGAACCAUAUCACCGACCAGAUCGGCAUGUUCAGCUUCACCGGCCUGUCCGAGCCCCAGGUCCUGAAGCUCAGGGAGCAGUAUCACGUUUACAUGACCAAGAACGGCCGCAUCAGCAUGGCCGGUCUCAACACCCGAAACGUCGACUACUUUGCCAAGGCCGUCGAUAAGGUCGUCCGGGAGGGGUAGUGAUCCAAGAGACGAGAAGAAAGGAGUGUCGGCACGUUGCGGACGUAUGGCUCGCAGAUUUUGACGUAUAACUGCUCCAUGUACUGUGAUACAAAGGGAGUCAAUAAGGGUCAGGAAGAAAAAAAAACUAGAUUCCCUCUUCCUCUGCUUUACGAGUAGACAGACACACACAGUCAAUGAGAAAUGUUCUAUCAAUUCC